UCAAAACACGAACAACACUAAGACAGCAGAUCAACAAACCGCGCAAAACGUAAACGCGAAAAGGAAAGUAGUUCAUAAAUUCAGUAUUUGUAUUUAGUGUUUGGUGAAUUGAUGGAUUAGAAUUGUAACGAUGAGUGGCAACAAUACGGAACGUUUGGCUGUGUCCCAACAUGUGACAUCGAGUUUUAAAAACUUAUUGUUGUCCAUAUCAAAAAGAGAGAUGGUUAUCAAUAUGAUUGCAAAGAAUUUGACGUAUGAUGAUCCUGGUAUGUUCAUCAAAACAUUGGUAUGUGAUGAACGUGAUCGACUCAUGCAAGACGCCACCGUCAUUUGGCUGCUCAAUCAAGUGAUUUGGAUGUCAAACGAGCCACAAUUUUACUGUUUAUUAGAAACAUCAAGAAAUCUCCAAGAAAACGUGUUGACAGCAAGUUAUUUGAAGCAGCCACCAUUGUACAAUAAAUUGCUUAACAAAUAUAUUGAAUUCACCAAUUUACUGUCAAAUGGUCCUGUGCAGGCGUCAAAGCCGUUGACAGUAACCAUGUUUGAGAUGGACGAUUUUGAUAUGACAACGAUUGACAAAGAUUGCUCAUUCAAACAAAUCAAAAUAGCCAAUAUUAAAUCGCAAAAUUAUAUUCUAAUGACAAAUGUGAAAUUGUUGGGUGAUAUGGCUAUUCAAAUGGCCAACUCAGAUGUUGAACGAACGACACAAUGUACAAAAUGCAUUUUGAAUACAUUCACAAAUGCAAGUAUUGAAAUUAAAUCGAAAUGUUUGCGAUUUUUUUCACGGUUGCUCAAGACAACAUUAACAUUAAAUGAAACGCUGCAGCCGAUGAUCGUAUGGAUUUUGGAGUGUAUUGAAGAGAUCGAAACGCGUAUACCAACCUGGAUACAUCACAAACUCGUUAAACCCGACGAUAUUGAAGAGUUUAUUAAAUACGUAAAUGAUUUGUUGAACAAUCAACACAUUGCAAAAUUAUUUGAUGCGAACAUUUUGCGUCAAACAAUAAAUACAUGCUUAAAAAUUCUGCAAACGCAUCACAAUUUCGGUAUACAAUAUUAUGAAAAAAUUGUUCCGUCCAUAUACACAUUGAUCAAGGCCAUUUCAUAUGAUGUUGGCGAUGAGUUUACACACAGAAAUAUGUAUAAAUUUGUGAAAGAGACACUGGCCAAUGACAUUGAUUUUCGGAAAAAUAUCGAACUCCUCGGUCCGGUUGUAUUGGAACAAAUGAAAAAUGGCCAUAUGCAAUCGUGGUGCGUGGCCGAUACGAAAACCCAUGAAAUUCUCAACCAACAAAAUUCAACGACCGAAACAAUCAUAAAUCAUUUGAAGUGUUUGGCUGCCAUUUUAAAAACCGUUCGUUUUAUGGAGUAUAAUCUAUCGAUUCAUCUACAACGGGAAAUGUGCAGCAAAUAUAUUUUGACAAAAGUGGCUGGACAUUUAAUGACCGAUAUGCGCAAGGUGUUUAAAAUGCAUAUGGAAACAGUAUCAAGACGAUUACUACCGCAAUUGGAUGAGCUUAGCAAAUAUGUGAUAAUGAAUUUCUCUUUGUUGCUAAAAAGUAAGUACAGUCCAUUGGUUGAUACAACCACACUGUUGCUAUUCACCGAAAUCGCAAUUGGCAUUUUGAGUGUGUCAGAUGCACAAGAGAUUGAUGAUUAUUUACAAUCACAAUUGCUAUUGAUCGCUUUGUGCCCAUUCAUACGAUGCUCGGAAUUGCUAUUUAAUCAUUUGCAAGCCAGUUUCGAAGAGGAAACAAGACGAUUGAACAAAAUCAUGGAGUCACCAUUUGUACGGAACAGUGAAAUUUCAUCAUGGCAAGAGCAUGCUCUACAAAUGAUUGCGUGCAUCAAUUUAAAGUAUAUUUUAACGAAGAACAAAGACAUUUUUAUGGACAUUCUCGGACAAAUAUGCAGCAAUCUGACGCAACCCGAAUGCUUGGAUCAAAUAAUAAAUGUUUUAGUGAGCUGUGUCAUUCAAGUGAAUACAUAUGGGAUUUCAGAUUUUGAAAAAUUUCUCAAGACCAUCGCAUCGAAUGCAAACAAUCAUUUGGUGAUAUCACGUCGUUUGAGUGAAUUGUACUGCAUCUCAUCGGGUUUGGCAUACAUUUUUCAAACGAAUAAAGGCAAUACAUAUCCAUACAAAGUCAUUUGCCCGAAAUGCGAUACACACUAUCAAUUUAAUGGCGACGAAGCAAAGGUAAUGCUGCAAUUUCUCGACAAAAAUAAUGGAAAAUUUGUAAGCACAUUAACCACAUAUUAUAACAUCAACGAUAAAUUCCAUGUCAACUAUUUCAAACUGUUCAAAUCGAAUGAAACACAAAUUCGAGCAAAUAUGUCACUGUGUUUGCCAUCGAUUUUGAAUCAUCUGGAUUUGGAGCGGUACAAAGAGGCCAUUGAUUAUUGGCUAAAUCCAAUCAUUGACGAUGACAUCGAUAUUCGAAGCUCGAUGGGUCGGUAUAUGGUGAUAUUUCCAAAGUGUGGCAAUCAAUUUGUUGUACGCAAAUGCCUUGAACAACUGUUGCAAUGCACAAAAAAGUUUUUGAUGAGCGAUCAAUAUGCGAACCAAUCCAGUGCCCUACAAUUGAUAUCAUCAUUUGCUACAUCAAACGAAAUUACUGAACCAAUGCUGUUGAAUUGCUUUCGAAUGAUAUUGUAUUUUUGUAUGUCAUCAAAAUCAAUGUUGUCACGACAGGCGGCUCUACGUGCCACCGAAAUGUGCUACAAAUUUGGCAUUACACCGAAAAAUUUGCUCAUUUGGUAUAAAACGGAUAUUUUCAAGCUAAUUGUGACAUUGUGUGUUUCCAAUCACAUCAGCUACAAUGUUGGAUUACAAAAAUCACUUCAAACGAUUGGUCAAAUGUUUGGAUACACAGAUGAUAAACAGGAUUUUAUCGUUGAACACAGUGUCAUCAUUUUGGCACUGUUGGUACCAUGGUAUAUCAAGCAAGAAAAAUGCAUCGAUUUAAUUGUGGAAAUCAGUGAAAUUAUUCAAAAAAACGUGGCAUCGACAUUGAACGAUUCAUUCUUAUCGAUCUACUUGCAUUUGCAUCUGUACGAAAACGAUGACGUCCGUGAAAAGGCGAUGGAAUUUGUUUUACAUAAUACUGACAAUACACUGUAUGAGCUACUAAGAUUUGAUAUCAAGCAAACUGUUGCUGAGAUUCUGGUUUAUUAUCAUAAAAAGCCGGAAUUUAUCAUGAGGACAUUUCGUUAUUUACUCAGCGAUGCGCCCGAAUUGGAGAAUUGUCGGCCUGAAUUUUCGACCAAAAUUUUGGUUGACUACUUAAAAGAACGCUUUCUCGGUGUGAUUUGUCAUUUUGAGCAAAUUUUAAUUAACGACCAUGAAAAAUCAUUGAAACGCGAAAUUCUAUUGAGCAUCGGCGGUAUUAUGCGUUUUAUGGGCUCCGAAAAUAUUACCCAAUUUCGAUUUAAGUUAUUGGCCGUAUUGCGUACGGCAUUGGACAUAAAACAGGUGGAUUUGAAGGAUAUUUGCGCAAAAGUGUGGAAGAUUUUCAUUUCAAUGGUUAAUUUGGAUAAGCUGGGACCGUUGCUGAGCACGAUAAUCGUUUCGUUGGAACCAUUAAUGGAGGCACAUCAUGAAGCCGUCAAUGAAAUUCUUCGACUUUUAAUCAUUGAAAAUGGCAAUGUACUCAGCACCCACAUUGCUGACUUAUUUUUUCUGCAACAUACAAAUGUCUCCGAUGAAAUCAAAGCUCACGUUGCAAAAUAUACAGAGAAAUCGGAUGUCAGUUUCUUUGCCGAUUUUAUGACAUCGUUACGAAACAUAAACCAUGACAAUUUAAGGAUUCGCAUCUAUGGUUUAGAUUAUUUGACCGAAUUAUUUGAAAGCAAUCGAAAUGCAUUGAAUAAUUUGAUAAUUGGCCAACAGAAAAUGCAUUCCAGCAUUGAAAACCUUUUGGAUAUUUUGAUGAUUUGUAUUAAAAGUCAUGAUGAGGCGUUACAAAUUGCGGCUGGCAGAUGCUUGGGACAAUUAUCGGCCAUUGAACCGAGCCAUUUAUCGCCAAAUUAUCGUCCACAGGCGUCAUUUGCACGGAGCAUAAACACCGAUGAAUUUGCCAUAACGGCAUUAACCGAACUGUGUUCUGCCUAUCAGUCGCAAAAAGAUACAAAAAAUGUUGACGCAUAUUCGUUGGCCAUACAGGAAAUUUUAGUGGCUCGAAAUGUUUGCCCACAAAGAAAUCAAAAUUUAAAAGUGUGGCAAGCAAUACCGGAACGCAUGAAAUCAUUGGUCGAACCAUUAUUAACAUCAUGUUAUACAAUAACAACAUCAUUUACCAAACUAAAAAUUCAUCCGGUAUUUGGUAGUAUUCGAUGUACAACAUAUGAAGAAUGGGCAUUUACGUGGGCAUCAAAAACUGUCGAUGUCAUUACCGACGAUUCAAUACGAAGUUUAUUACGAUCAUUCAAACUGAGCAUGCGCUUUGAUAUUCGAAUUUUAACCAUGGCAUUACCGUACAUCAUUCUACAUGCGAUUCAAUUGAGCGAACCAAACGAUCGUCUUCAAAUUGCCGAGGAAUUUUCAACCAUUGCUAAUCAUGUUGCGAACAAAAGUGAAGAUAAUCGAAAUACAUCAGGUAAAUCGUACAUAAAUUAUAAAACGAUUCGUGAUCUAGAUUUUUCCGUGUCGACAAAUUCGGAAUCCAUUGCAAAAAACGAUACGAUCGAUGUGAUUGCAAUAAAAUGUGCAAAAUUAAUUUUCAAUCAACUUGAUUUCCUUGAUCGAUGGGUUCGAACAUCACAAAAUGAUCAAUACCAUAAAAUUGUAAGCGACUUUGUUAAUCAAUUCGAUAAGAGAUUGUUGGCCAGUGCCAAUUACCGAUGCGGCGAAUAUGCUCGGGCAUUAAUGUACUUGGAAACAUACAUUGAAGAAAAUCCUGGUCAACGAUUACAAAAGGAAUUAUCGUUUCUAUUUCAAAUCUAUGCGGAAUUGAUGGAUCCCGAUUCAUUGGAAGGUGCACUUAAUUUAAAAGAUACCGAACCCACAUUAACAGAACAAAUUUUACGAAAUAAUGUUCAGGGUCGUUUACAAGAAUCGACAGUGUGCUAUGAACGAAUGAUGCACGUUCAUGGUUUAAUCGAAAGCAAUGCAAAGGAUAUGAUUGAAUGUUAUUUGGGUUUGGACCAGCCGGAGACCGCAAUUCUAUUGGCCGAAGGUUUGAUGAAAGAACUAUACGAUCAAAAUGCUGAUGUUAUAUUACAGAGCACCGCUGAACCAUUGUGGCGUCUAAGUCGAUUCGAGGCAUUGGAAGAACUCAUUGACACGUCCAAUUUUAAAGAAAGCUCCGAAUGGGGCAUUCGAUGUGGCCAAAUUUUAUUAGAUUUUCGUAAAAAUAAUAACGAAAUCUUUGAAUCGGAAAUAAAUAAAUCACGAUUGGCUGUGCUCACCGAUCUGCGUAUUGUUGGCGACGAACAAAAUUGCUAUCACAAAGGCUAUUCGAAUGUCAUGAAAUUACACUUGAUUUCAGAAAUUGAACAAGCAUACUCGCUAACAUCGAAAUUCUUAAAUGACAAUUAUGAUGCAACACAAAUGUCGAAUGCACUUAAAAACUUAUUCCACGAUUGGGAUGGUCGUUUGCAGCUACUGCAACCGGCAGCACGUAUCAUUGAACCAGUUCUGUGUCUACGUCGAAUUGUUUUGAAUGAGGUCAAGUCAUUGGCUAGCGGUCAUAAUAUGAACGAGAAUAUUUUCAAAUCAUUAGAAAGCCAAAUCAACGAUUACAUUGGAACAUCAUGGAUAAAGAGCAUCGAUUUGGCACGUGAAGAGGGAUGCAUUCAACAGGCUGAUCUUUAUAUUCUCAACGCUGAAUCGUACAAACCGAAAUUCUUGUUCAUUGAAAAGGCGAAACUUUUGUGGAAAAAGGGCGAUCAAACAAAUUGUUUCAAAGUAUUAGAACGUGGCAUUGAAGAGCUUAAACCGAACAAAGUAAAUCGUAAGAGCAUUGAUAAUCUCGCCCAUGCCGAAGCAAAGUUUUUGAUUGCAUACUAUAAUGCUGAGUCAUUGAAUAUUAGCAAUAAUCUGAAUGUGCAUUGCUUUAAGCAGGCCAUACAAAGCGAUUCGGAGAAGGCGCACGUACAUUAUGCCCAAUAUCUGGAUAAAACGCUUGCCGUUAUGCCGGAAAAAACCGCACACGAAUUGUACAAUCCAAAAGCGUACGACAUUCAAUUGGAAAUAUUUUUAUUAUAUUUCAAAUCAAUGCUAUUUGGUUCGAAGUAUGUUUAUCAAUCGAUGCCGCGGGCGCUUAGCAUUUGGUUGGAUUUUACGGCGGCCAGUGAUUUUAAAAAUAAAAAACAAGAAGAUCAUUUCAAAAAAUGUACCACACAAAUGAAUCAAAUUGCCGAAAAUUAUACAUUGAAAUUGCCACCGUUUGUAUUCUUUACGGCUUUUUCGCAAUUGGUAAGCCGUAUAUGUCAUCCAUCGAACGAUGUAUACAAUGUUUUGAAAACGAUUUUGGUUAAAUUGAUACAAUCAUUUCCGCAACAAUCAUUGUGGAUGAUAUUGAGCGUGUACAAAAGUUCAUAUGCAAGUCGUGUACGACGAUGCACUGAAGUAUUAACCGAUAAACGUUUACAGUCAAAAGAAAUGCAAAAACUCAUUCAAGAUUUCAAUGCAAUGGCCGAAAAAAUGAUCGAAUUAACGAACAAAGAAUUGCCGGGCAAACAAUUGAAAUUUUCCGUUAAGCAAAUUUAUCCACAGCUACCGGCACUUUUAUCCAAACCGGGAUUCUCACAAAUUCUAUUGCCCAUUCAAAAGUAUAUGCAACCAGUUUUACCACCGCUUCAUCAACGUGACGAACCAGCCAUGGCAUUCAAUGCAUUCCCAAAUCGUGCGGUUUAUAUCAUUGGAAUGAAAGAUGAACUUACCGUUUUACCAUCGCUACAGCGACCACGUCGCGUUACAUUAAUGGGCAGUGAUGGAAAAAAAUACACGAUUAUGAUGAAACCGAAAGAUGAUUUACGAAAAGAUUUCCGUUUGAUGGAAUUUAAUUCGGUUGUUAAACAGUAUUUACAUCAAAAUUCAGACGCACGACAAAGACGUUUGAAUAUUCGUACAUAUGCUGUGAUGCCAUUGAACGAAGAAUGCGGUAUUCUUGAAUGGGUUCCGGAUCUUCAAGCAUUCAGAAAUAUUGUCUCUGGAUAUUAUAAACAAAAGCGUAUUGGUGUAUCAAGCACAGAGGUCAAAGAAGGUCAACGCUUAACAAAUGCUCCGCUCGAACAGAAACGUGAUUGGUUUAAGCGUACCCUUGUCAAAUGUCCGCCAAUUUUUUCAAAUUGGUUCCGUGAACGAUUCACAACGCCUCACAAUUGGUAUGAAGCACGAAAUUCGUAUGUGCGCACAACGGCUGUGAUGUCUAUUGUUGGAUAUAUACUUGGUUUGGGCGAUCGUCACGGUGAAAACAUUCUAUUCGAUUCAAAUAGCGGUGAUAUCGUUCACGUCGAUUUUAAUUGUUUGUUCAACAAAGGUGAACAAUUCGAAGUGCCUGAAGUGGUACCAUUCAGAUUAACACAUAAUAUGGUACAUGCAAUGGGUCCACUUGGUGUAGAAGGUUCAUAUCGUCGAUGCUGUGAAAUAACAUUAAAAGUAUUGCAAGAUCAAAUGCCAACGUUGAUGUCUGUAUUGCGUCCAUUUGUCUACGAUCCAUUGGUUAGCUGGAGCCGACAAUCAAAAUCGGAUGGUCGCAGUGAACGAACCGAUUCCGGAGCAAUGCAAAACGUUCAAAAAAUUGAACAACGAUUGAAAGGAUAUGUAAAAACGCACGGUGUCAAUUCAAAUAUGCCGCUAUCAACGGAAGGUGUGGUGAAUCAUUGUAUUUCAGAGGCGACUGAUAUUGAUAAAUUGGCUAGCAUGUAUAUCGGAUGGGGAGCUUACCUUUGAAUGACGGAACAAACAAAGCGUUUUUAAUCUUCAUACUACACAUUCAUUAUUCGUGUCAACAACCGUUCAAAUUGUGUCCUACUGUAUUCAAACUAGUUCUUAUCGAUGAAUAGAAAAAAAAAACACGUUAUGAGACAUUCAAUAACAACACCAUAAAUCGUAUUAUUUACGCGAAUUCACAUUAUAACUGCGAAUAAUGUUUUAUUAUGACCUUAAUUUGAUAUUAAAUAAAGUUAAGCUGCUCAAAUUCAGUAAAAAGUGUAAAAAGUACAUCAUAGAAUUUCGGACUGACAAAGUCAUCACGGAAAAAGAAAUCAGCAUUCAAUUCACCUGGUUUGGACUGUUUGUCUGCCAAUAUGACUCGCAACAUAUUUAAAAUGUGUUCAAGUUCGUAUUUUGCUUUUGCUUCGAUUUCCGAUCGACACUUCUCAUAUGUAUAGUCUUCAAGCGGGCAUCGCAGCAUUGCCAAUGUAUUAUAAAAAUGUUGAUGAUAAUAUUCAAUGAAAUGUUCAAAAUAUUGUUUUCGAAUUGAACGAUCUAUGCUGGUGAAUAAAAAGAAUACCAAAUCGUGAGCAAAUGAAUCAUAUGCCAUCAAUUGGUAAUCACAUAUUUUGACUUUGUCAGCUCGCCCAAAUGAAUCUUAAUGGAAUGUGAUUGAAAUACAGAAAUUAAUAAACAUAAAACCAAUGACAGCUUCGAAAA